CCGCAAGCCUGGCUGGAAAGUUUGCCUUCUUGUCACCCUCAGGCAAAGGCAUGAUUUUGAACGGCCCCAGAGGAUAUUUUUCGCAAGAGCGGUCACUCCCUAAAUCCAGGCAAGGAAGGGGAGGAGUCUGAGCCAAGUCGCGUCCCUUCUCCUGUAAACUUGUGUCGCUCCCAGCUUGGCAGCUGGAGUUUGGAGAGCCGGGAGCAGUAGCUGCACACCCCUAACUUUCCCCAUGGUUUCGGUGAGCAGAGCCGUGUUUGGAGAGCUCCCCUCGGGAGCAGGGACCGUGGAGAAGUUCCAGCUGCAGUCAGACCUGCUGAGAGUGGAUAUCAUCUCCUGGGGCUGCACCAUCACCGCCCUGGAAGUCAAAGACAGGCAGGGGAGAGCCUCAGACGUGGUGCUCGGCUUUGCCGAGUUGGAAGGUUACCUCCAGAAGCAGCCCUACUUUGGAGCAGUCAUUGGGAGGGUGGCCAACCGAAUUGCCAAAGGAACGUUCACGUUGGACGGGAAGGAGUAUCACCUGGCUAUUAACAGGGAGCCCAACAGUCUGCAUGGAGGAGUCAGAGGGUUUGAUAAGGUCCUCUGGACCCCUCAGGUGCUGUCAAAUGGUGUCCAGUUCUCACGUGUCAGUCCAGAUGGUGAGGAAGGCUACCCCGGAGAGUUAAAAGUCUGGGUGACAUACACCCUGGAUGGCGGGGAGCUCAUGGUCAACUAUAGAGCACAGGCCAGUCAGACCACUCCUGUCAAUCUCACCAACCAUUCUUACUUCAACCUGGCAGGCCAGGGCUACCCGAAUAUAUAUGACCAUGAAGUCACCAUAGAUGCUGAUACUUUUUUGCCUGUGGAUGAAACCCUGAUUCCUACAGGAGAAGUUGCUCCAGUGCAAGGAACUGCAUUCGACCUGAGGAAGCCAGUGGAGCUUGGAAAACACCUGCACAAGUUCCACAUCAAUGGUUUUGACCACAACUUCUGUCUGAAGGGAUCUAAAGAAAAACAUUUUUGUGCAAGGGUACAUCAUGCUGAAAGUGGGCGGGUACUAGACGUGUAUACCACCCAGCCCGGGGUCCAGUUUUACACGAGCAACUUCCUGGAUGGCACACUGAAGGGCAAAAAUGGAGCGGUCUACCCCAAGCACUGUGGUUUCUGCCUGGAGACCCAGAACUGGCCUGAUGCUGUCAAUCAGCCCCACUUCCCGCCUGUGCUGCUGAGGCCUGGUGAGGAGUAUGACCACACCACCUGGUUCAAGUUUUCUGUGGCUUAAGGAAGUAGGAAGAUAUGAAGUGGUCCCGGGCUCGGCUGGGAGCUCCCUCAGCAGCCUGUCUUCUGUCCAGAGAUGAAGUGAAGAUGUAGAGGCUUUCAAAGUGAUCCUAUGAAUUUAAAUCAUACAAAUGGUAGCUGACAUGAUAGUCAGUCUGAAUACUGAUUUCUUUUUCCAGUGACUCGCUCCAGGCUGUAUUUAAUGACCAGCUCUAUUCUCUGUGCAGUUCAGAGGGCAAGUGAACCCAACCACUAGUGUCAUCUUCCAAGCCCUGGCCCUAGCCCAGAAGUGGUGCCUGGGACUCCCAGGCUAUAGUUGGCUCCAACUCUCCACCCUGCCUCUUUAUUUUCUACUUUUCACCUUUCCUUUCUUUGAUACCGCUCAAUCAUUACUUUCCUGUUUCCUCUUCCUCUGCCUCAAACCACCUUACUGUUGUGCAGCACCCCAGAGUGUUCAACGGUCCUGUUAGCUCAUGCAGGAUGCUUGCAGAUGGACCUGUCUGCCUCUGUGAGGCAGUAGAUGACUGGCCAGUGAGGGAGCUGAGGCUCAAGAGGUGGAGUGACCCACCAUGAGCUAGUAGAACUUUUAGCCAGGACUUGAGUUCAGGUCAUGCUAAUUCAAGUCCCCUUUUCCUUUACCUCAGUCUGCCAGAGCAUUCCCAGGGUCACUGAGGGGCAGAGAGGGGGUUGGCCCCUGCUCUGUUAGAGCCAGCUUUCUCUUCAGGUUCACUUUUAUAAGAUGCAUUAGGUUGAGGUAAACUGCCUUAGAGGUGGUGACAAAGUGCAAGAUCAAAAUAUCCAGAAUCUGUCAUUUAGAUUCUCUGUCUUUGGAGUUGAGAAAGCCCAGCCCAGCCAAGGCGUGGGAAGAAAGGAAGGCAUUGGAGACAGAAGCUGUGUUAGUUUGAGGAGAGUGCCUCGCUUUCUGCAGUACAGUGAGGACUACACAUCGCACCGGGAGCAAGAAACCUAUUUUAUACUAUUGUAUAUACAAUCAGUUGAAAUAAAACCAAAAUCUGCAUCUUCAGAA